AUGGGGAAAAGACGAUUCUCCGGUUUAGAGGUGAUCCUCUUGGUCCUGUUUAUCUUGAUGACUGUGACAGCCAUCACUAUGAUCGUUCUGUUUGUCACAGGAGAACCCGGUAUCAUUAAAACUGAUGUCAGUGAUGGAUUUAUUCGUCAGUGUCCCAACAUUCCUCUCGCUGAGAGAGUAGACUGUUUCCCAGAUGGUGGAGCCUCACAGAUGAAAUGUGAGCAGCGUGGCUGCUGCUGGACACCUCUGGAUCAGACAAAUGUGCCCUGGUGUUACUUUUCAGCCAACCAUGGAUACGCAGUUGAAUCAGUAAAGGAACCAAACCCUUAUGAAAUAACAGCUCAACUGAAAAGAAUGCCCUCUCCUUCCUUGUUUGGUGGGGAUAUACAAGAGCUUACAUUUCACGCAGAAAUGCAGACAAACAAUCGACUUCGAUUAAAGAUCUAUGAUACCCAUAAAAAGAGAUUCGAGGUCCCUCAUGAACAUGUCGCUACAGUCAACAAAGACCCAUCAUACCCUAUCAGCACCACACUGGAGGUGUUACACAAACCCUUUGGCCUCAUUGUGAAACGGCAGGGAAGCAAAACAGCUCUGUUUGACACUACAAUGGCUCCACUGGUGUUUGCAGACCAGUACCUACAAGUGUCUGCUCGGCUUCCGUCCCACAACAUCUAUGGCAUUGGAGAGCAUGUGCAUACAAGAUAUCGCCAUGACACAAACUGGAGAACGUGGCCCAUUUUCUCUAGAGAUUCCUUCCCUAAUGGGGGAACACAUAACCUCUAUGGGCACUAUCCCUUUUUCCUCUGUCUGGAAGAUGAGAGUGGGAAGUCAUUUGGGGUCUUUCUCAUGAACAGCAACGCUAUGGAGAUGAUUCUGCAGCCUGCCCCAGCUGUGACCUAUAGGACUAUCGGAGGAAUCCUUGACUUUUUCAUUGUCUUUGGAGACACACCAGAACAAGUGGUGCAGGAGUUCCUUGAGCUCGUUGGCAGGCCCGUCAUUCCUCCUUACUGGUCACUGGGUUUCCAGCUUUCUCGUUGGGACUACGGUAGCCUGAGUGAGGUCAAGAAAACAGUGGAAAGGAACCGUGCCGUGGACCUACCAUAUGACAUUCAAUACACUGACAUUGACUACAUGGAGGAUAAGAAAGAUUUUACCUACGACAAAGUAAAGUUCCAGGAUCUCCCUCAGUUUGCUGAUUACCUCCAUGAGAAGGGACAGCGGUACAUCCUCAUCCUGGAUCCUGCAAUAGCAACAAGUAAGAGGGUAGGAGACGCUCCAUAUGAGUCAUAUGACCGUGGGACGGCAAAGAACGCUUGGGUCACAGAAUCAGAUGGGACAACUCCUCUGAUAGGAGAGGUGUGGCCAGGGGAGACAGUAUUUCCAGACUACACGAGCAGCAACUGCAUCGAGUGGUGGGCUGAUGAGUAUGAACGAUUCUACGCGGAGAUCAAACACCAUGCCCUCUGGAUCGACAUGAAUGAGGUGUCUAAUUUCAAACAAGGAUCAAGUAAGGGCUGUGCCAUUAACAACCUCAACUACCCUCCGUACACUCCAAAGAUUCUGGAUGAUCUGAUGUACAGUAAGACCCUGUGUAUGGAUGCCAAGCAAGCCUGGGGGAACCAUUAUGAUGUCCAUAGUCUGUAUGGCUACUCAAUGGUGCUAGCUACUGAAUCAGCCCUGCAGCGUGUGUUCAAAGAAAACCGUACCCUGAUGCUGACCCGCUCCUCCUUUCCUGGUGUUGGAAAAUAUUCUGGUCACUGGCUGGGGGACAAUGGUGCCAACUGGAACGACUUAAGAUGGGCCAUUCCUGGCAUGCUAGAGUUUGGACUUUUUGGAAUUCCCUAUAUUGGAGCUGACAUCUGUGGAUUCUUUGACGACUCAAGUGAAGAGUUAUGUCGUCGCUGGAUGCAGGUGGGGGCUUUCUAUCCCUUCAGUCGGAACCACAAUGCUCAGGGCUACAAGCCUCAGGAUCCAGCUUAUUAUGGUGCUGGCUCAACACUGGUGGAGAGCUCCAAACACUACCUGAGGAUACGUUACACUCUCCUGCCUUACCUCUACACACUCUUCUACAACGCUCACACCACAGGGGAGACCGUUGUACGUCCUGUCUUGCAUGAGUUCUACUCCGAUAGCGCCACCUGGGAUGUGGACCGUCAAUUCCUCUGGGGAAAACAUCUGCUCAUCACACCUGUACUAGAUCCGGGUGUGGACACUGUGCGGGCGUAUAUACCAGAUGCAGUAUGGUACAACUAUGAGACGAUGGAACGGAUAGCAGACCGCAGGAAGCAUGUUGAUAUGUAUCUACCAGGUGACAAGCUUGGCUUACAUAUCAGAGGUGGAGCAGUCCUCCCCACACAGAGACCUGAGGUCACCACUACAUACAGUCGGCGUAACCCCAUGGGUUUGAUUGUUGCUCUCGAUGACAACAACCAGGCAGCUGGAGAGCUCUUCUGGGAUGAUGGAGAUUCACGAGAGACGGUUAAAAAUGGCAAUUACAUCCACUACAAGUUCUCUGCUACCUAUGGAGUACUGACGAUGCAGGUGACCCAUGCUGGCUAUAGUGACCCAAACAACCUUGCGUUUGAGAAUAUUACUGUCCUUGGAGUGCCUCAUCCUCCCAAGUCCGUCUCUGUGACUAAAACUACCACUGGAAAUCACCCAGACUCUACCACUGUAUUGCCAAACACCAACGUAUUCCAUGAUGGAGCUAAAGAGGUGCUGUUCCUGCAUGGCCUCUCCUUAAACCUUGGGGAGACCUAUGUCGUGCAGUGGGAUCUGGAUACGGAAGAAUACCAGCGUUUUAACUGCCAUCCAGAGGAAAAUUCAGAUGAAGCCAAAUGCAAGGCCAGGGGCUGCAUCUGGGAGCCAAGUAACCUUGAAGGUGUACCGUGGUGCUACUAUCCAAAAGAUUACGGUUAUGCACUAUCAUCUGUCAAAGAAACUGAUUCAGGCAUCACAGUUGAUAUCACUCGAAACAAGAAAUAUAGAAGUAGUGGACGUCCACAGUCACGAGACAUUGACAAUCUCCGUGUUGAAAUCCGCUAUCAUACAAGUGAUAUGCUCCAAUUUAAGAUCUGGGAUCCCACCAGUGAUCGCUAUGAAGUACCAGUUCCACUGUCAGUUCCUACAACUCCUGAGACUAAUGAGAACAGGAGACUUUACAAAGUCUCUGUUAGCCAAAAUCCAUUUGGCAUCCAGGUCAUCAGGAAAAGCACAGGAACAAAGAUCUGGGACUCCGCUGUGCCAGGUUUUACCUUCUCAGACAUGUUCAUCCAGGUGUCAACUCGUCUCUCAUCUGAAUUUGUGUAUGGCUUUGGAGAAACAGAGCAUCCCACCUAUAAACAUGACCUCAACUAUCAUACCUGGGGUAUGUUCACCAAGGACCAGCCUCCUGGUUACAAGAUGAAUUGCUACGGAGUUCAUCCCUUCUAUAUGGGCCUUGAGACCACUGCUGAUGCUCAUGGUGUGCUACUGCUAAACAGCAAUGCCAUGGAUGUGACUUUCCAGCCAACUCCAGCUUUGACCUACCGAACUCUUGGAGGAAUCCUGGAUUUCUACAUGGUCCUGGGUCCUACUCCUGAGAUGGUUGUGCAGGAAUACACUGCACUGAUUGGACGACCUGUUCUACCUGCCUAUUGGUCCCUUGGAUUCCAACUCUGCCGCUACGGUUAUGCCAAUGACGCAGAAAUAGAUAGUCUUUACAAAGACAUGCUGGCUGCUGGUAUACCCUAUGAUGUGCAGUAUGCAGACAUUGACUACUUGGACCGUCAGCUGGACUUUGUCCUGGACCCAGAGUUUAAAGGCCUGCCUGACCUGGUUGACCGCAUGAGAGGGGAAGGCAUGAGGUUCAUCUUUAUCCUGGAUCCAGCCAUUUCAGGCAAUGAGACAAAGCCUUAUCCUGCUUUUACAAGGGGGAAAGAAGCUGAUGUUUUCAUCAAAUGGCCUGAACAUCUCGGUGAUGGAAUUGUAUGGGGAAAGGUCUGGCCUGAUUUUCCUGAUGUCAUAGUAGAUGAGUCUCUUGAUUGGGACACCCAAGUAGAGCUCUACAGGGCAUACACUGCAUUCCCAGACUUCUUCCGCACUCAAACGGCAGCAUGGUGGCAUCAAGAAAUCAACGAAUUCUAUCAUAACAUAACAAAGUUUGAUGGCAUCUGGAUUGACAUGAAUGAACCAGCAAGUUUUGUCCACGGCACAGUUGGAGGAAACUGUCUCGGUGAUCCCCUUUUAGAGAACCCUCCAUAUAUGCCACCCCUGGAGUCCAAACAUCUUGGUUUAAACCAUAAGACUCUCUGCAUGAACAGUGAACAGAUACUUAACAAUGGAAAGAAAGUCAGGCACUACGACGUCCACAACCUCUAUGGAUGGUCUCACACCAAACCCACUUAUGAUGCCCUGCUGAGUGUGACAGGUAAAAGAGGAAUAGUGGUUACCAGGUCCACUUACCCCUCCAGUGGAAAAUGGGCUGGACAUUGGCUGGGUGACAACUUUUCCAGCUGGGACCAGCUGUACAAAUCCAUUAUAGGUAUGAUGGAGUUCAGUCUGUUUGGCAUUCCUUACACUGGGGCAGAUAUAUGCGGGUUCUUUAAUCCAGCAGAGUAUGAGAUGUGCCUUCGCUGGAUGCAGCUGGGCGCCUUCUAUCCUUACUCACGCAACCACAACGGCAAGGGUAACCCGAGACAAGAUCCAGUUUCUUGGAAUGCCACCUUUGCCGCUGCAUCGCGUGACGUCUUGAACAUCCGCUACACACUUCUGCCCUACCUGUACACACUGAUGUUUGAGGCACAUGUCAAAGGAAACACUGUGAUCAGACCACUUUUGCAUGAGUUUGUGAAUGACAAAACAACAUGGGAAAUCCACAGACAAUUCCUGUGGGGACCUGCCCUUCUCAUCAGCCCUGCGCUGGAUAAGGGGGCUCGGGAUGUGUUCGGCUAUAUUCCUAAUGCUCGCUGGUAUGAUUAUCACACGGCCAAGGACAUUGGAGUGCGUGGCCAAAUGCUUAAUAUGCCAACACCCUUGGACCAUAUUAACCUUCAUAUCAGAGGAGGAUAUAUCAUACCUUGGCAGAAACCAGAGAAUAACACAUUUUACAGUCGACAGAAUCCUUUAGGAUUGAUUGUUGCCCUUAAUGACGAUGGAACUGCUCAAGGAUCAUUCUUCUGGGACGACGGAGAAGAAAUAGACACAGUGCUAAGAAACCAGUAUUUCCUGGCCUCCUUCUCUGCAAAAACAAAUACGUUGUCCAGUGAGAUUGUCCAAAACAGUCUGACCGUUGACCUACCCAUUCUGGGUGUGGUGAAGGUCUGGGGUGCAGGGAGUGCCAAGAUCACAGAGGCGACCUUAACAGCCUCAGAUGGAAAUACUCAGCCACUGACUCCACAACACAACGUCGACACUCAGGAGCUGAUUAUAGAUGUUUCAGCAAAGGCCUAUAAAAUAAAUUCACCAUUUACCAUAACAUGGAGAACUAGUGCCUGAAUGGAGUUUGUGUUUUGUUGGUAAAUAAUGUAUUUGUACGUAAUGGUCAGUUUUGAUGUGAGGAAAAUGCAAAGUAACAUGACAUGUCAAGAUUAUCAGCCGUGAUUGUGAUGAAAUCAAACUUUAAUGAAGAGAAAAGACUGUGCAAGAAUAAGCUACUUUUACUGUGUAAUCAAUACGGUGCCAUAUAUUAAAGUUUCUGAUGCUCUACAAAUUGUUUUGAAUGCUUUGAUUAAUUACAAAGUAAAAAAUAAAGAGCU